AGCAUUCUUACUGUUUGUUCAAAUGCCGACGAUCACAACUCGUUUCUUGUUGUGACACGUCACCGAGUGACAAUCGGGUCCCGAGAGAACGAAACGGACACGUCAUUUGCAAUGUUUGCGAAAUUUAUACGUUCAAUUUUGUAGCAAACGAAAAAGUGUUUUGUUCCAGGAAAAUGAGGAGAACGCACGGGACAACUAGUCACAGAUAGUCCUCGGAACAUUUCAAAAUUGAUUCAAAAAUGAGGCGGUCGCAUUCGGGGGGGUAUGCUUAUGGGCCGUUGCCAAGCACCUCUCACGAUGCUCUGGAGGAAGAGAACGAACGGAUAGCCGAUGAACUGAAGGACAAAAUAAGCCUCCUGAAGGCAGUGUCCAUUGAUAUUGGUACCGAGGUUAAAUACCAGGAAAAAAUGUUGAAUGGAAUGGACGAAGAUUUUGAGAGGACGAGUGGCUCCCUGACUUCCUCUGUGUCUAGAGUAUUGCGUAUGGCGAGGGCAGGACAUAAUUAUUACAUCAUUUACCUUUUCCUUUUUUCAAUUGCUGUAUUUAUUGUGUUAUGGCUUGUUCUUAAAUUUAAAUAAUUUCUAUAAGGUGUAGAGACACGCUCCUACUUUUUUGCGCAUUCUUAGUCUACCCAUUGACUGAAGAAUAUAAUUUUAGUUAUGAAAGAAUAUAUAUUCUUCAGUCAACGUUCCACCGUAUGAAUGACAUGUUAUUGGUGAAUGGUAUUUCUAAUUCUACAUGUUAUGUGUAAUAGAAUAAUUACUUGAAUCAUUCAAAUGUAAAAUACAAAGAACGUUUAUUUUCAA